UCGGCAAUCCCGCGUGAGCGAGUUGACGAGACUACUUCCAGGUGAAAAACGCGAUUCUUGGAGGUUGGUUGACUUGACGUCUUCCCCAUGGGCAAACGCAGGAGUCGGAGCCAGAGCCAGCUGCUCAACUCCCUAACUAAAAAGCAGAAGAAGCAUCUAAGGGAUUUCGGCGAGGAGCAUCCCUUCUAUGACAGGGUUUCCAGAAAGGAAGCAAAACCACAGACUUGUCAACUGUCAGAGAGUUUAGAUACUUCAAGUUCUGAAAGUGAAGCAGAGAGUGAACCAGAACAAGUUUCUGGUUACAGCAGACUACUUGCCACAUUAAAGGAUGUUUCCAAGGAAGAUGAGGAGGAGGAAGAGGAAGAAGACAGUGUUAUAGAUGAGACAGAAAUGAAUCUUGAAGAUGGUGAUAGUGACAUCAGUGUGGAGGAAGAGACGGCAGUAGAGUCUACUGACAUGCAGAAGAAUGCGGCCUUACCUGCUGACCCUAAGGGAAAAGAUGGGCACGGGCCACCUGGCACAUCAGAGGAAUCCCCAGAGGAGUUUACAGAUGCAAAACAUGAGUCACUCUUCAGCCUAGAAACCAACUUUCUCGAAGAGGAAAGAGGAGGCAACUGUCCUCUGAACGCGUCACAGGAUCCAUUUGCACAACAUGUAAACAAAGAACUGAAAGAAAAAGAAAUCCAGGCUGUUGCCACAAAUCCCAAAACUACCCACCAGCUAAAAUGGCCCAUCCUGGGCCAGCUUGUCGUUUCAUCCAGGUUUCAACGGUUGGAAACCUUUAAACCCCCAAAGGACAUUGACUUAAAGUCACUUCAUCUCCAGAAGCCUCUGGAAUCCACCUGGAUCAAGACCAACAGCCAGUUCCUCUCUGGUCCCCCAAAAUCAAGUAGCCCCUUCACACCCCUCCAGAAAGAGCUCUUCUUAAUUAUGAAUUCUUACCGAGACCUGUUCUACCCAGAAAGGACUGCCCUGAAGAAUGGGGAAGAGAUCCGCCACGUGUACUGCCUGCAUGUGAUAAAUCACGUCCUCAAAGCCAAUGCCCAGGUGCUUGCCAACAACAGCAGAUGCCGAAGCCAGAAACUUGGGGUGGGUGAUGAUGAUGACUUCAGGGACCAAGGGCUAACAAGGCCCAAGGUGCUGAUAGUGGUGCCAUUCCGGGAAGCUGCUUUGCGGGUGGUACAGCUCUUCAUCAGUCUUCUUGAGGGCGACAGCAAGAAGAAAAUAAUUGUGAGCAACAAAAAGAGGUUUAAUGGAGAGUAUGGCUCAGAUCCCGAGGAGAGACCACCCAACCUGAAGAGGCCUGAGGAUUAUGAAGCUGUAUUUGUCGGCAACAUCGAUGACCACUUCAGGACUGGAGUGGCAAUACUGCAGAGAAGCAUCCGACUUUAUGCCCCCUUCUAUUCAUCAGACAUCCUCAUUGCCUCCCCUCUGGGCUUGAGGACCAUCAUUGGUGGAGAAGGAGAGAAGAAGAGAGAUUUUGACUUUCUGUCUUCUAUUGAGCUUCUCAUCAUUGAUCAAGCUGACAUUUACCUGAUGCAGAACUGGGAGCAUGUCUUGCAUUUGAUGAACCACAUGAACCUACUGCCCUUGGACUCACAUGGGGUGGACUUUUCUCGAGUGCGCAUGUGGAGCCUCAAUAAUUGGUCCAAGUACUAUCGUCAGACACUGCUGUUUGGGGCCCUGCAGGAUGCCCAGAUCAACUCUGUGUUCAACAAGUACUGCGUCAAUGUGCAAGGCCAGGUGGCUGUGAGGAACGUCCCGAUGACAGGCUCCAUCAGUCAUGUCCUGGUGCAGCUCCCACAUGUCUUCCAGAGGAUGGAAGCUGAAAACCUAGCUUCAGUGAUUGAGGCCAGGUUUAACUUUUUCGUCAACAAGAUUUUGCCUCAGUAUCGUGAUGCAGUCAUGUCUCACACGCUUAUCUAUGUCCCCUCCUACUUUGACUUUGUGCGUCUCCGAAAUUACUUCAAGAAGGAGGAACUGAACUUCACUCAUAUCUGCGAGUACACCCAGAAGUCUGGUGUCUCCAGGGCCAGACACUUCUUCCUUCAAGGAGAGAAGCAGUUCCUGCUCCUCACAGAGCGCUUCCAUUUCUACAAAAGAUACACAAUAAAAGGCAUCAGGAACCUGAUUUUCUACGAACUGCCAACAUAUCCCCACUUCUACAGUGAAGUCUGUAACAUGUUGCAAGCCACCACCAGAGGAGAGGAAGCUGCCUGGACCUGCACUGUCCUCUACUCCAAGUACGAUGCCCAGAGGUUGGCUGCUGUGGUCGGGGUGGAGCGGGCUGCGCAGAUGCUGCAGUCCAAGAAGAACGUCCACCUCUUCAUUACUGGAGAGAGAUGAGAAUUGGUUGGACAGGAAAUGGUGUUUGGUGUGAUAUGUCAUGCUUGAUUCUUUGUCACUUGGACCUGAUUCUGAUUACUUACACAAAGAAGGGCUGCAACAAGGAAGGAGCACCAGGCAGGUUCUUAUCAGAUACUUCUUUCUUUUCAGAUCAUAUAUACCUGAAAAGUUCAGUGUAAACCAGAUUUCGGUAAAACCCAUCUUUCAGAGGUCAGGGGAGAGCUCAUGGGACUCUGAGAAGUUGAUAGAAGGAAUCUUCUACUUGUGAAUUUUUUUGUACGCCAUAAAUUCUUUUGUUGUGAUUUCACCUCUAAUUUAUUACACUUGGUAAAUUCUUUCAGAUUUGCCUGUUUCUAUUUGACACCUUCUUAAAGUGAGGCAUGCAUUUCUUUGCUUGUGAGAACUGGUUAUGAGAAAUUGGAAUACUUCUUGCUGUUGAAUAUCAUCUUAGUUUUGGAUCACACAGGUUUUGCAAAACUGUUAUUUUUCCCCAGCCAAACUUUUUUAAACCUUAAAUAUUCUAUUUUAAUUCAACCUAGAAGAGCACAUUCGU